GAAUAUUCAGGCCCAAGCUCGUGCUCGAAACCCUGCGUGCAUUUUCUUUUUAUUCUCUCUGCUUAUCUUCUCCUUCGCGCUUCAAUUCUGGUGCCAGAAGAUCGGACGAAGGCCUUCUUUCCUUCGUUCGUUCUAAUCGGCCUUCUUCUUCCGAUCUUUACCCCAUAUCGACUGCAGUUUCCGUCUUCGAUCGAGCUGUUUGAUUGAGUUUUCUUGCAAAUAGUGCGAUUGCUGGUGUCGGAAGAUCGGCGGGAGGUCUUCCUUUCUUCACUUUUUUCCCAAUCGGUCUGCUUCUUCAUGUGUUUUUCUCAAAUCGAUUGUAGUUUCCGCGUUCGGUCGAGCUGUUUGGUUGAGUUUAUUGACAAAUAGUGCUAUUGCUUCCUUGCUGGAGAUGCAGGAUCAGAAGUCAUUUUUUCGUUAAUACUACAUGGUGCCUUUUGUGGUCUAUAAAAUGUAUUACAUAGGAUACACAUGUAGAAAGUUUUGAUUACUUUAGGUAAGCGUGACAAGUGAACUUGUGUUCUGGCUUGUUUAGAUUCACUGAAAAAAUGGAGGAUGAGAACGGGCUUGAGCUAAGCUUAGGUCUUUCAUUUGGCGGAUCGUCCUCCAAGCUUAAUGUUAAAGAUGCACCUUCUGAUCCUAAAGGUGAAGAAACAAGUUCUAGUAGGCUCGUGGGAAACAAUGUGACCAUCUCCGAUGACUUGUUUAAAAAAGUUUUUAAAUCAGGUUUAGAGACCCAAGAACCUACAGGGAAACUGAAGAGUGAUUUCAUUACCCAACCUCAAGAGAACUUCUUUACAGACCUUGCUAAAUCCUCUACACCUGUGACCGAUUGUUCUAAUGACACAAGAAAUAAUCUGGCUCAGUUCACAAGUUAUCAAGAGCAGUUGAUAUCAAGUAAUAAAACUUUUGAAACUGAAGAGGAGAAAUCAGGUUCCAGCAAACGGAAGUUGCCCUUUGAGGAUAUAAAAUUUCAAAACAAGCAAGAAAUAUUGUUUGAUUAUGCGGAAAAGCAGGAUGCGAAUAAGUCUUCUAUAGCUCCUUUCCUGAGAAACUCACAUGUUUCAAAUACCGCAGAAGACGGGUCUACUGGUGAAAAUGAAAUUGUGGCAGAGUCAGAAGCAGAAGGUCCGCAGACAUGGUUGGUUUCACAGAGAGAUGAAAAUGCAAAAUGCUCUGACACUUUAAAGUUCAAUGUUAAAAGUAUUCUAAGUGAAUCAGGCGGCAUCGGCUCCCAAGGUCUGAGAGAGCCAUGCUUAUCAGGGAAGGAAUCUAACCCUGAAUAUGGAAAACCUACUUCUGGGAUUCCAUUGUCUCGUCAACCACUAAAAUUCACGAACGUUCCUUAUCCAGUUCCUACAGUGGCACCUUCUACCAGUACUGGAUCAAAUGCUGUACGUUUUCCUUCAGCAUGUGUGAUGCAGUUGAUGCCAAUUUCAAAUGGCGAACGUCCGGUGGCCCCAACAGCAAAUACUAACAGCAUGCAAGUUUCUUUUGGUUAUCCUUCUGCCCAGCUUCCAACAUUGGAGACUGGUUCUUCCUGGGCAUUUAAUUAUCAACCGCUACAUAUUUCUUCUUUUACUAGCAGAGAGCAGUCUACUGGAGUUCAAAUCCAAGAACAUUUUGAGAAUGGAGCGAAGGCGUCUCAAGGAGCCCCACCUCAUCACAUAGUAGCUUUUCCAUAUAAUGCAAAGCCAUCAGAUUUAUUGAUUGGUAGUACUAAACAUGCUGGAGAGACUGGCACAUCGGUCCGAUCCGAAGAUCAAGGGAAGCCGAGAACCAAUACCGUGCCGGCAAAUGAAGCAAUGAAAAAGCCGGCGACCGAAGGUUUUCCUCUUGAAGCACCAGCUAUAAUCAGACCAGGUAUUGCUCCAAACCUGAGAUUUGGAGGCUGCGGUUCGUACCCAGACCUUCCAUGGGUUACAACCACUGGACAGGGACCAAAUGGAAGAACCAUAUCAGGUGUUACCUACAAAUACAACCAAAACCAAUUAAAAAUUGUCUGUGCUUGCCAUGGAUUCCACAUGUCCCCUGAGGAGUUUGUUCAACAUGCCAGUUCUGAGGUCCAGAAUUCAGAAAAUAACCCAAAUUUGACAGAAUUUCCCACCACCAACACAACAAAGUCAGCCCAGAGCUAACUUUUAAUAAAGCUCCUGCAAUUCAAUUCAUCUUAUGAAGUUGCUGCAGUUGCAGCUGUGAAGUGGAAUGCUGAAGAUGGAUUAUGAAGUAAGAUGAAGCAUUCUGUAUGCAGGUUACUUAAAUUCAUUCUCUUGUAAAUUUUCUUUAUGUUUUAGGUUGUUUUUGCUUCUGGAACCUUCUUUCCAUUCCUGUUAUUAGAGUAGAAAAUAUAACAAACUCUUGAUCUGCAGCCAGUUAUUGUUGUCCAUAUGUGCAUGUGAGAUGCACUGAACCUCUUUGGCAAAUUGUAUCUGGUUACUUGCUUAUUGAAUCAAGUAAGUAAAGUCUUCAAUAACUAAUCAUCUUCUCUGUUCUUAA